GGCGAGCACGUCAAGCCACCACACCUGCAGUGCAACACGGAGGCAUCGUCUAAAUCCUCAUUCUCAGGCACAUGCACCUGGAGGGAAUAUUCAGCCCCCACCAACCUGCUCCAAAGUUGAUCAUCGGUUGCCUCCCUCGACGUUGAGGUUGAAGCUCAAGCGCUCUCGCAUACAGGUCGAAGUCGGAGUGCUCCCACACCAGAGCUCAGCUGUAGGAGCACUUCAGGGCCCCGAGAGAGUGUCAGUACGCGCCGUCGAUUGAUGGUGCGAGUUCAGCUUCGUGCCAAGAGGGCCCCGACUCGGGAGGCCAGCUCGUCCUGCCACGUUCCGAUCAAUUUGAAUGGCCUGAGAGGGUUGCAUGAAACGCCUGUCGCGACAACGGCUGAGCAGUAGUGUGUCCUGUCACUCGUGUGUGCCUGGAUGGCACCAGAAAGUCAUCUGACCACGCCUGCAUGCAACACCGUGGACCCAAGACAGCUGGAGUCUGUGCCAGUGCGCGUCUGCGCUGCGCGGUUAUGACCACGCCAAAGCCGACAGCCAGCCCAGCAUAACGGCUGCCUGCCUGCCUGCCUGCCUGCCUGGCCGCCUGGCCGCCGACUGAGCGUCCAGUAGCGUUCCAACAGGCGCCAUGCAUAAUGUCUCAACUGCAACCGGCGUGGGGAGUCAUUCUCGUCUGCAUCACGAGACCUUCAGUCUUCAGUCAUGCAUGCCCUUUCAGACCCUGCAGCUCCAAGCUUCUGACGACAGAACGCAGCCCGGCGGCAGUUGCAGGCCCCCGGUCAGGAUGUCAGUCAGUCAGUCAGACAAUCAGCCAGUCCGAGGACGCUGAGAUGGUGUUUGCGUUGACGAUUGGUGUUGGCGGGAAGGGUCUGAGCCACACCGUCCGCUUCCCGCAAAUUGGCACGCGGAACAGCGGGCUCCAGGGCUGGGAAAGCUUGGCGUGCGGCUGUUUCUGCACGGCGAGCACAUGCCACCGCCAACGCCUUCUUCCACUUCCAGCUUCGAGUCCUACCUAUCCAUUGUUCUCCAGAUCUCCCUGUCCGCGUCACCAAGUCUGACGUCUGACGUCUGACACCCUCGCCUUUGUCCAAAUCCUCUACACCUUGGGUCUGUACGCCCUCCGCUCCGGAUGCAGGAUCAACAAUCCCACCGCCACAUGGGCAAGCGCCUCACCUCGUGGUACUUCUCGGUGUGGAGCAGUGGCCAGUGAUAUGGCCGCUCCUCUCACCACCAUCACCACCAUACAUGACCGUCUUUCUUACUCUGUGCUAAAACUCUGCUACCGGGCGGGUUGGCAGCGUGCCGAGGUCAGCACCAGCUGUGGAAAACCAUGUCGACUAACCCUAAAACCAUUGACUUUGGGGAGGGGAGGAGGGAGAGGGUGGAAGGGGUGAAUUCAUCAGGGCAUGCUAGUGUGUUUAAAUCCUGUGCCGCACGCCUGCGUCCGUCUAGUGCCGCACUGCCAUCGUCAGCACCACACACCUACACACACACACACACAUCUACUCCGUUCCCAGUGAGGCCAAGUGGGCUUGCAGGCUUGUUGGUCCGUCUCCAGGCUGCCCUCGACCUGGGCUCCGCCCCCCGCCAGAGCUGCUAGAGCACAUGCUUCCGCAGUUGCUGCGCAUGGCUUGCAUGGGUGUCCAACCUGCGGCACUCCAAAGUACAGUGUCGACUUUUUCAACUUGGGCACAAUGGCUGACCAGAGCCGGGUGACGGAAUGAGGGCUCCAAGUGCGACACCCCAAUUCUGCACUUUACAGUCCCGCUCAUAACUAACACCCCCAGGCAGCUGUUUGGCCUCUAUUUGAAAGUUCAAUAAAUACUUCAGUACAUAUUGUGCACUUCUCGCCUUGUACUGCACAGUUUGCACACGCUCGUAUAAAUCAAUCCAGGCAUCCACCGUGCCCGACUUCGCUGUCAAUUCUCCAUUCCACUUGUCGUUCCCAAUCCGUCAACAAUCACACCCUAUUCGUGCCCUGCAAGACACCAUCACAUCCACCCAAUCCACAACGACAACAACACAACAACAACAACAACAGGGCUGCAGAUCAGGCACACCUCCUCGCCUAUCACACAUACAUACGGACAACACACAAGCCUCACUCGCUUCUCAGUUAGGCACAUCCGCAGCACGCUCAGGCAUUGCUGCCCCACAACGACACCCACUUCCAUAACCCACCUAUCAAAGUGGCCCACUACAUCGAAAUCGUAGACGCCUUCAUGCCGAGCGCCAGACCUCCAAGGCGAGCCGAUACCAUGGCCGCUGGUGGCGGCAGCAAAAAGUGUGGGGUCGUGGGCUGUGACAGGAAGCACGUCUACGACACCAUCCGGGGAGCAAGAGUCUACUCUGCCUACUGCCAGGAUCACACCUGCCAGGCCCCAAGGAACGAGCACACUCCCUUCUGCAUCAACCCAAGAGACCCAAUCAACCGUUACUGCUCUUUCCACGGCAAGUGCAAGGGCCACAGGGGCUGCAUCAACCAGGCGUCCCGUUCCGAAAAGGAACCUUUCCCGUAUAUCUGCCCUGACCACAGGUGCACCCAGAGACACUGUGUCAACCCACGACUGGGGCAACUCAAUGUAUGCCAGGCACAUCUUACGUGCGAUUUCUCACGAUGUCCCCACCGCCCACAACCCGGGCGCCGCUUUUGCCACGGUCACCUAUGUGUUAUGGCACCCAAUUGCACCCUGCCGGCCGUGAUGCCAGGGGCUGGCCACUGCAGCUUACACGUCCCCUGCGGCCUGGUCCGCGGCUGCAGACGGCUGCGCAUGCGCUUUUCUGACGGACGACAAGCCAUCCACUGUGACCUGCACAUACCCUGUGCCAAGUCAGGCCAGGGCUGCCGCCACAUCGCCGCCUCCAAGAGCGACUUUUGCCCGGCCCACAAGUGCAGCCUCGAGGGCUGCGUCGACGGCAAGGAGUCAAAGUCGCACUACUGCAAGCACCACACCUGCCACAACUCGGGCUGCCACCAGGCCAAGUACGAAAUCCACAGCAAGAGCGCCAAGUACUGCUCGGCCCACGAGUGCUCGGUCGACAAGUGCCUCCACGAGGCCAAGACCCCCGGCGGCUUCUGCCCCGCCCACGCCUGCGCCCACAGCUCGUGCAACGCCGGCCAGCUGUCCUCGUCUGCCUACUGCCGUGAGCACUGCUGCCACCAUGACAAGUGUUCCCUGGAGGCCGUCCACCGGAACGGCUUCUGCCGCUCCCACUCCUGCAUCGAGAGGGGCUGCAAAGAGCCCAGGCUGGGCGGCCGUGACCGCAUCCGCCAGUGCCUAGGCCAUUGGACCAGGGGUGUCCGCGACAACGUGGCCUCCGAGUACGGCCACCGGGCCGACCGCGAGCGGCGCGAGCUGGAAGACGAGAUCCACGAGCUCGAGUACCGCGAGCGCAUCCGCCUCGCCGCGGAGCGCGAGCAGCGCAUGGCGGCCGAGGAGGAGGCCAGGCGCGAGGAACAGGUCAGGCAGGCCAAGGCGGAGAUCGAGAGGCAGAGGCUGCUUGACCACCUCGCCAAGGCGGAAAAGGAGAGGAAGCGCCAUGAGGCCGAGGCUCUCAUCGAGGAGCAAGUCUCCGCCAGGAUUGCCGAGCGCGAGCGAGCUGAGCGGGCAAGGCGUGCUGACGAGAGGAUCGCCAGGGAGGAGGCCGAAGACCGGCGGAGGGCCGCAGAUCGGCAGUUCGCCGAGGAGCUUAGGAGGGAGAGACUCGAGAGGGAGACGCUCGAGAGGGAGAGGCUUGAGAGGGAUCGACUGGAGGAGGAGAGGAGAGCCGGGGAGGAGGACCUGAGGAGGCUGCGGGAACGACUCGGUAGGAGGGCCUCUCGGUUUGAACAUGCCUGGUGAUGGUGAAGAUUGACGACACCUGCAAGUUUUGGUUGCUUUUCUUUGAUUUUGCAUUGUACAUAGUGAUACCCGAG